AUGGCUUCUCCAGCGAAGUGUGUAUUCCUCGCCGGUAUUGCUCUUGCUACGGUAAUGCUGGGCCAGGAUUGUGGCAGACUCACCGUUUUCACCGACAGGGGAGCCAGUUUAAACUCAUUCAACUGCGACGCAUUCAUUGACGACGCUAUGAUGCCAUUUCUUGCGUGGUUCAAUGGUACUACCACGCUCGCACUGACUGGCGGACUGGCGGCUGGAUGUCCCGACACAACCUGGCAACCGCUCAAGAACUCUUGGCUCAUCGGCGGCAUGACUGUCCCCGGCAACGCAACGCUCGACCGAACCAAAUACGAUAACAACACCUUUUACUUUGACAUUCCCAAGCCCAAACUUCACUGGCUCGGCUGGACCCAAGGGUUCGAAGUUUGUGACAACAGGGGAUGCGCCUACGACUGA